CUCCAAAAAAAAAUUAAAAUUAAAGAAUUAGAGAGAGAAAUAAGUAGAAAAGCGCAGAAAAGGGAAGAAGUUAAAAGAGAGAUACACGGCGUUUCAUUUCAUUCCAUUCUCCAAAGCACACAUCUCUAACACUGGUGGUUUUUUCUCUUUUUCAUUUUAAUUUAUAAUUAAUUUUUUUAUAGUUUUUUUUGGGGUGUAUAAAUUAGUAUCAGAUGAACAAUGGUUGUGUAUUUAGUUUUUGUCUUUACCUUUAAUCCUCUCUUAAUCACUUUUAAGUCCCAACGGCUAAUUGUGAAGUUGAUUUAUGGAGUCUAAGAGUAGUCCUACUGUUCUGGAUUAUCAAAAUGAUAUGCACUUUUGGGAGUGGCAAGGGAAGGAAAAUCAUUUUAUGAACGAAUCUAAUCACGAUAUGGCUAAAUGUAUGUUGGAUGCAACUCACAAUGGAAACGAAAUAUCAUACAUGUUUGAGGAAGCAACUCCUGUUAAGGCUUGCGGUGAUUUGGCAUAUCGUUUAGAUGGUUCCGAGAUUCUAAGCAAAACACCUCAUGAGGUUAGAGAAUACAGUUCUCAAGCAAAGCGGAGGCGCAUACUGGACUUUGAUAAUGCGGCUGAUGAUAUCUCAUCCUCAUUUCUAAAAUCCAAGGAAAGGAUCGAUUCUUUCGAUGACAUAGACAUGAUACCGGAAAUGUCGCCUUGGGAAGCCUGCUUGAAAGAGGAUGAUUUGUGUUUCGAGGAUUUGAUUGAAUCUGAAGCUUGGCUUGCUAAUUGCUUUAUCGACACUGAGAUGAAUAUUAGCUCUGAUGAUGGGAAUGCGUCGAUCGCAUCUGAUGUUCAAAUUGUUAAUGAUAUUAACAGUUUCACUCCUCACCCUGAACCUAUUAUUGCUCAACGACCAGUCAGAAGUUCCCGAAACAUUAUUUUUAAAGGUAGGAAAUCUUACAUGCGAGCACCCACUAAACUUGCUUCAUCAGUUGCAUAUCCAUUCGAUUUCAUCAAACCCUGCGGAGUUCUUGGAGACGUAACUCUCAAGGAUAUUAAUGAGCGGAUUCUUACCCCACCUCCAUCUAAACCGAAGGAAGUUCAGGAAGAACCUCCUUACCCUACUUCGGCUUUUUCUGGUAAACCGGUUGUCGGUAAAACAAAAAUCCCCACUCAAGGAGGAAAAGGCAGUAUCACAAUCAUGAGAACAAAAGGAUGAAGAACGUUCUAAAUCAUUUUGGGUUAAUUUGCAACGUCGAGGAAGUUAAUAGUUAUUAAUCCACACAAGUGCUCAGAACGCACGACACAUAUCGGUGUUAAGUGAACGAGUUCGGAGCUUUUGCAUUAUCGAGAGCUUAUUUUUGUGCAGAACUUAUUGGUUUAUCGGAAGGGCUAUGUAAUCUUUAGCCUAUUACAACUUACAAAUGCGUAGCCUAGCUCUUACAAGUCGCUGUUUAUUGUAAUGGUCUGUAUAUGUAUCGAUCUUAUUGAUUCCGAAAUACAAAUUUCUUGAUGUAUCCACUUGAUGUUGCAAUAUAUAGAAUUGUCGUAUGACACCUUAAUACAUGUUUUUUCGAGUUGAAA